AUGACAUCAAACAUUGCAGAUUCAUUGAAUGCGGUAAUCAAAGAUGCAAGAGAGCUGCCCAUAGUAGAACUAUUAGAGUACACGAGGACUCUUCUUGAACGUUGGACUAUUGAAAACAUAUUGAAUGCAAAGGGUAUAUUCACAUACCUUGGGAAAAAAUACAACAAAGAGUUGGAGGACAACAUGACAUUAUCGCAAAAGAUGAGAGUGAGGGCUUCAACAAAUUACAUCCAUAAUGUGAUAGAUAGUGUGAAGCGCUUCAUUGUUUGCCUUCAAAACAAGAGAUGUAGUUGUGGACAAUUCCAACUUGAUGAACUUCCUUGUCCACAUGCUUUGGCGGCUUUGAGGCACAAGAACGAGUAUUCUGAAAACUAUAGUUCUCCUUAUUACACGAGGGAGAGCCUUAUGCAGACUUAUGAAAUACCAGUAGACCGCUACUAA